AUGGAUGACUGUGUACAAGCCGCCUCCAACUCAGGCAUGUUUGCACUGUGCUCGGAGCCGACGCUGCGGAAGAUUUGUGAACGUGCCAAGGCCGUGACGUAUCCCAAGAAUGCUGUCGUGUAUCACCAGGGCGAUACGCAGACGGAGAUGCUGUUGCUCAAGACCGGCAGUGUAGAGUCCACAAAGAUUAUUGAGGGCCAAGAGCACACGCUGGAAGUGAUGACUAGUGGUGCUGUGAAUUCCAACCAUGCACUAGUGCGGGAUCCUGCAGCCGUGACGGUGCGCUGUCUUACGCCUGUAUCGGGCUUCACGCUACAGAGUGCGGCGCUGGAUGAAGUGCUUGAGGAUAAGACAGCCUCGCGCGAGGUAAUGCACAGCUUGAGCAAGGAGAUUCGGCGACAGGCCUCUUUGCUGCAGACUCCGCUGUUCGAGCAGCACGCCAAACCUACGCCAUACUUUGCCACAUCCGUGGCUGCCUCCAUCGAGUCGUUUUACCGUAGUGGCAUGAACUCGCUGCUGAACGCCCGACUCACGGGUCAACCUGUGGCUAAACUGUUUCCAGAAAUGCACCUGCAAAUUCCUACGCGUGUUGUGUAUAUCAACGGCUUCAAGGGUAUUCGUCACCUGCUGGAAAAGAACGUGAACGCGGACAGCUAUGAGUACCCACUGUUAGUGCGUCUCACGGAGGCUGUGGCUCCGGGUGUCAUCAUGACGCCCGUGAGUAGUAUGUUGGAAGCCUUUAACGCUGGUCACAUGAACCCAGAGUCGUUAUCGACGCGUUGGAUUCGUGGUACAGCGCCACGUAUGCUCCGUGAGGUGAUUUUUGGUGUUGGACUGAACCAGCUAUCGGACUACUUCGAAGAGCGUUUGUCUGUAACGUCGAGCCCCGCAAUGAACAACGCGUUUGGUAGUAUGAUGGCUGGUGUCGUAUGUGGUUAUCUCUCCCACGUGCCGCACAAUUUGUCCACGAUGAAGCUGAUGCACCCGCAGAAGAGCUACGGCGAGCAUAUGGACGAUUUCAUUCGGCGUGCGGAGGUGCGCGUGCCUACAACGGUGUCUCCUCGUCAGCGAUACAUGGUGGCCACUGCGAUGGCACUGCUGUUCCCGAAGGGUCUGACGGUGCGUACUUCGCAGAUUGUGGGCUCGUUUAUCAUCCUGAACGGCACAAUUAACUCGCUUAAAGAAGUUGACUUCAACACGAUCAAGGGCAUCAUGUCGGGCUAA